AUGCCUCGUCCUAGUAAUCGUAAACAACAAGUGGCAACCAGACAACGAAAUAAAAAUGGUCAUUUUUCUGAAUUUCAAGAGCAACAACCGGAAUUAAUAGAGAGUGAUGAUGGUCAAAUGCAAGAAGUUUUAGAAGAAAGUAAAGAAUGGUCAAUAGAGGAUUUACAGGAAUUUCAAGACGUUGAAAGAAGGCUGGAAUUGGUAUGGAAGGAAGAUGCAUUAAAAAAUAAAAGAGUUUACUAUAAUUCUACAUCAAGAACCACUCAAUGGCGUAGACAUAAAGCAAUAGAAGAAUUAAAAGAACAUGCAAAAGAAGCACGUGUUUUACGAUCAAUUCAAACAGAUGGUUAUUGGAAAUCAGAACAUAUGAUUGAACAG